CCUCCUCCCCCACCUCUCCCUCCUCCUCCUCCCCUUUCCCCCUCCUCUCUCUCUCUCCUCCUCUCGCGUCGCGUCGUCACAUCCGCGGUUCCGGAGGAGACGACGGCGUUGGUGGGCGUGAGCGCGGGGGUUGGAUCUGGCUGCCGUGAUGGCGGCGGCUGGAGCGUGAAUUUGUGAGGGUGAUACGGGUUUGGUUUUUUUUUUUUUUUUUUGGGGGGGGGGGGGGUGGUAUCCGCGGGGAGAUGGCGCCGGUGGAGGAUGGCGGCGGGGAGUUCCCGGUGGGGAUGAAGGUGCUGGUGGUGGACGACGACCCGACCUGCCUCGCCGUGCUCAAGAGGAUGCUCCUCGAGUGCCGCUACGACGCGACAACUUGUUCUCAGGCCACAAGAGCAUUAACUAUGCUGCGAGAGAACAGGCGUGGUUUUGAUGUUAUAAUUAGCGAUGUUCAUAUGCCUGAUAUGGAUGGGUUCAGGUUACUUGAACUUGUUGGCCUUGAGAUGGAUCUUCCAGUUAUUAUGAUGUCUGCUGAUUCAAGGACAGAUAUCGUGAUGAAAGGAAUAAAACAUGGGGCAUGUGACUAUUUAAUUAAACCUGUCAGAAUGGAAGAAUUGAAAAACAUCUGGCAACAUGUUGUAAGGAAAAAGUUUAAUGAAAACAAGGAUCAUGAGCAUUCAGGAAGCUUAGAUGAUACAGAUCGUACAAGACCAACCAAUAAUGAUAACGAGUAUGCUUCAUCUGCAAAUGAUGGAGCUGAUGGUAGUUGGAAAUCUCAGAAAAAGAAACGGGAUAAAGACGAGGAUGACGGUGAAUUGGAAAGUGGUGAUCCUUCUUCUACAUCAAAAAAACCAAGAGUUGUUUGGUCAGUCGAGCUCCAUCAACAAUUUGUAAAUGCAGUUAAUCACCUUGGGAUAGACAAGGCUGUUCCCAAGAAAAUUUUGGAGUUGAUGAAUGUUCCUGGUUUAACUAGGGAAAAUGUGGCCAGCCAUUUGCAGAAAUUCAGAUUGUAUCUGAAGAGGAUUGCUCAGCAUCAUGCAGGAAUAGCUAAUCCAUUCUGCCCGCCUACUUCUAAUGCUAAAGUAGGCUCACUGGGAGGACUUGAUUUCCAAGCUUUGGCUGCCUCAGGUCAGAUCCCUCCUCAAGCCCUGGCUGCCCUUCAGGAUGAGCUCCUAGGGCGGCCUACAAACAGUUUGGUGCUGCCUGGAAGGGACCAGUCAUCUUUAAGACUUCCUGCAGUCAAAGGAAACAAGCCCCAUGGGGAGAGAGAAAUAGCAUUUGGUCAGCCUAUAUACAAGUGCCAGAAUAAUGCAUAUGGGGCAUUCCCUCAAAGCAGCCCAGCUGUGGGAGGAAUGACUCCAUUUUCAGCUUGGCCCAAUAACAAACUUGGUAUGGCAGACUCGAGCAGCACAUUGGGAGGCAUGAGUAAUUCUCAGAAUAGCAAUAUAGUCUUGCAUGAAUUGCAACAGCAACCAGAUGCUAUGCUGUCAGGAACCCUUCACUCACUAGAUGUCAAACCUUCUGGGAUAGUUAUGCCCUCGCAGUCAUUAAAUACUUUCUCAGCCAGUGAGGGUCUGUCCCCAAAUCAAAAUAACUUGAUGAUAUCUUCUCACUCUUCAGGUUACCUCGCGGCCAUGCCUCCAUCCAUGAAGCAUGAACCUGUUAUCGCGACUUCUCAACCAUCAAGUAGCCUGUUAGUUGGUAUUGAUCUGGUUAAUCAAGCUUCAACAAGUCAGCCCUUAAUGAGUACCCAUGGAGGGAAUCUUCCUGGUCUUGUAAAUCGGAAUCCAAAUGUGGUACCUUCACAAGGGAUUAGUACUUUCCAGACUCCAAAUAAUCCAUAUUUGGUUAGUCCAAAUUCUAUGGGAGUGGGCACUAAACAACCACCUGGUGUUCUCAAGACAGAAAACUCUGACUCACUGAACCAUAGUUAUGGCUAUCUUGGUGAUAGCACCCCCCAAAUGGACUCUGGCUUACUCUCUUCACAAUCAAAAAAUACACAGUUUGGUUUACUGGGUCAGGAUGACAUCACUGGUAGCUGGUCGCCUUUGCUGAAUGCUGAGAGUUAUGGUAAUAAUAUUGGGUUAAGCCACCCUGGAUCCAGUUCGUCUAGUUUUCAAAGUUCUAACGUGGCUCUUGGGAAAUUGCCUGAUCAAGGGCGAGGAAAGAAUCAUGGGUUUGUUGGUAAAGGUACUUGCAUUCCAAGCCGCUUUGCAGUGGACGAGAUUGAAUCUCCAACUAACAACUUGAGUCACAGCAUUGGAAGCAGUGGAGAUAUUAUAAGCCCUGAUAUUUUCGGAUUUAGUGGACAGAUGUGAAGGCUUCUUGAAUUUGUAAGUAGGGUAAUCACUGGAAACAAUUUUAGUGGGUUGAUGAAAGGUUGCCGUAUUUUCCAUUUCAUCUUUUUUUACUUCUGUAAUUGGUUUAUAAAGGGAAUAAUUUAUGUGACAACAUGUCGAAUCUUGGUUUAUAGAAGGUUGUUCGGUUUAAAGAACUUUGGAUUAUUUUAGCCGAUGUGACAUAGCUCCUCCUUUUCCUCUGUUCAUUUUUUGUGUGUACAGUUUUCUGAUUUGGUUGCAUAUCUUUUUUCUGCCUUAGUUCUGCUUUCCUGUUUUCCUCUCAAAGUUCCAAACUGAGAUUGUUAUCAAACUAGCUA